AUGUUUUCACAAGGUUUUCUCAGUGCUUCUUCAACUAAUUUAUCGUGUUACGUGACUGGUUCUUCCGAAUUAUUGGUACCUGGUAGAGUAACCGCUGGUUGUAAUAUACCGCAGGGAUCGGUUACGAGGCCGAUUGAUCCAGCAUCGCUGGUGGAGCAGCCUGACGUUCAGCAGAUUUCUGUAAAACUAUCCCCGCUUGGUACAAUCGAAUUAGAUGAACAAUUUCAGAGUAUUUGGUCUUCGAGGAUCCAUUGGUUACGUGCGUUGCGUUUGUCCGAUGAUUGCCAUUCGUUUAACCUCCAAUUGAAACUACAAUAUAAUAAUAAUGUUAAGAAUAAUCCGGAACAAUCUCCAAAAUUAAUUUUAUGUGCUGUACGACCUAUUGAAAUGGGACAAGAAUUACAACUGUGGUUUUCCGAAGAUGUUCUGGCUAUGGUACAGAUGGCCUUCCUAACUCCCGCUAAUAUACAAGGUCAGAAGAAAUACGUAUGUAAUAGAUGUUCAACAUUAUAUGAAUCACCUAAUCCCCUCAAAUUGCAUAUAACAUUAGGUUGCGGAAAAUUUUCCAUGUCUACACUUUGGCAACGAUUAUCGUUUGCCGUAAACGAAUCUAUGAAGUCGGUUAGUAGAGAAGAGCCGUUCGAUUUUCAAAUUUAUUUGAAACAACAAACGUUUAAGCAAAAAAACGCGAUCGAUUUGAGAAAAAACAUGGAAAAUCGUAAUCCAAUCGACAAUAAAUUGUAUAGACCGUACCAAAACGAACCGAGCGCUUUCAAACCUUUUAAAAAAGGAGAAAAUCCUGAAAAGGAGUAUCCAAAGGUAAAUAAAAAAAUGAAUAUUUUACUGUCGCACUGCAUACAACUGAUUUCUCAGGUUCCAGAUCCUUCUCUAACUUCCGCAUCCGCAAUACUCCCAAAUUGCUUCGAAUUGGGACAACAUGCUGCUUAUAAUGACGAAGCUCAAAUAGAAAGUUUGGUCAGUAGCCUGGGGAAAUCUAGACAAGGCCAUAUUUGUCUUUAUUGCGGAAAGUGUUAUUCGAGAAAGUACGGAUUGAAAAUUCAUAUUAGGACACAUACGGGUUACAAACCGUUGAAAUGCAAGUUUUGUAAUAGACCGUUCGGAGAUCCCAGUAAUCUUAACAAGCACGUCAGGUUACACGCCGAAGGGAAUACGCCUUAUAAGUGUGAUUUGUGUGGAAAAAUUCUAGUACGUAGACGAGAUUUGGAAAGACAUUUGAAAUCUAGGCAUAUGCUAGAAACUCAUCCUGAUUUAAACAUAAUUGUUGAUUCGCCUGAUGCUAAAAAUGAGGCCAGUGGGGAAGAUACUAAAUCAGAAACCAACUAA